ACCUCUACACCUUAUUCCCCUGUAGGCUUUAUACAAAAGGUCUAAGUGAAAACAUUCAAGCAAGCAGCUAUGGCUUCACUAGCAUCACCUGGUGUUUCUCUCUCUACAACUUCAACGGUGGCCAUGCAAGAGCGCCCUAAGCUUCACACGCAUGUUAAUUGCCAAAGUUGGAGAGGGGGGCUUAGCAUGAGGAGGAUGGUGGCACUUGUGAGAGCAACACCUUCCCCUUCCCAGAAUAUAUCUGAGAAACUAUCGGAGAGCAUUGAGCAUGCAAAGGAGGUGUGUUCGGGAGAUGCGGUGAGCGGAGAGUGCGUCGCUGCGUGGGACGAGGUCGAGGAGAUGAGCGCGGCAGCGAGUGAUGCUCGUCUCAAAGAGAAGGAAUCCGACCCAUUGGAGACCUACUGUAAGGACAAUCCGGAGACCAAAGAGUGCCGCACCUACGAGGAUUGAUCAUUGAUCAAUCUCUCUUUCACUCUCUAACGAUGAAGUUGGCACGUGCGUUUCUUGUUUCUUUAUAGCCCAUCCUCCUUGGAUAUGAUGUGUUACAUUCAGCUCUCCUUCUAGGGAAUAUCUUGGUUAUCCGAGUAAAUUAGAAUACCAUGGACUUGACCAAACUUUACCAAGUUUAUAGAUUCAAUGUUUAUGAAGAUUUCAAAAGGAGCAAAGUUUAGUAAAAAAUUUAUUUUUCUCAAA